UGAUGGCAUGCGCCUCCACUCGAUGGCCGAUACGAAGGACACGAAAUAUCAUGUCUCACACUAUGCCGGUGUAUUGCGCGGGUCCAUGAGGCACGCUAUCGUAACUGCGUCGAGUUCUAAAUUGGAAUCGGCGGUGCAAAUACCAUCACUCUCAUGCUGACUGACCACUACUGAAGGCCCCCGGCAGUGGAUAUAAAGAAGGCGUAAUCUCGAGCAAGAGUUUACUUGCACAACAAGCAGUUUUCUAUCCACUCUUGCAAGGAUCAUCGUAUCAACAUCUACCUUUAUCUUUACCUCCGAACCAACCUAUCUCAUCCUUUCUGGAACAACAUACGACAUGAAGCUCAUCGCUGCCACCGCUGUUUUCAGCCUCGCCUCUGUCAUCGCAGGGAUCCCUAUCGGACAGACCAUCAUUCCCGAGACUCUCUCCAUCUACCAUGGCUACAACGGUCGCAUCGAAUACAACGUCGGUACCGGCAAGGUCUCCCGCGUGCAAAAUGGCAACGACGACAUCUCCACGCUCGUAACAUUCAACUUCCCUGAAGCGACAAGGGGCCGCAAAUGCGAACUCAAGUUCGAGCGCGACGAUGGCUAUCCAACCAGUUCUCCCAGCAUCAUCGACGCCUUUACCUCGUCCCAGAUUGCUACUGGACCCAGUCCGGGCUGGGGACCUCCGUCAAACUACCGUGACGUGCAGCUCGGCAGGUUGAGAGUCCCAACAAGCGGCCAGGCCACUGUUGACUGGGGGAAUUUCGUCUUUGAUUGCCCGGCUGGACAGAAGAAGGGCUACGAGUUCGCGCCUACGGGUGACAGUACCUAUUUGGAGUGGUCGAAGUCGACGGAUGGGCCUUAUAUUCGAUACUAUUAGUGGUUGGUGUUGCGCGGCAGGGAAAUUGUUGCCAUAUUUUUAGGACUUGAUACAAGGAGUUUUUGAGUUCCCUCUUUUCCGUCUCUUUUCCUUCCUUAGCCGCUAUUCAUCCUUUAAUAUUCAAGCAUUUACCAUUCAUAGCUUCUAUCUCAUCGCGUUUGCAUAUUUAACGAAAAUCAAUCUGAAUUUGAGAGUUAUCUG